GUGUAUCUAUCUUCUCCUUCCAGCUUUAGGAUGAUGAGAAUUCUUCUACAACACGCAACGCGUCACAGGGUUCGCUCCUUCGGAACCCUAUCAUCCCCCACAACGGCGAGCCAAACAUUGCAGCAUCGUAUCACCGAUGCUCUCCAUCGGAAUGCACAAAUCAUUCCAGUGCUAGAACAGUGGCGACAACAGGGUAAUCAAGUGAACCCUUCGCACGUGAGAGUCAUCAUCAAAAAGCUUCGUGAUUCCGACCAAUCUCUCCAAGCCCUUCAGGUAUCAGAGUGGAUGAGUAAAGAAAAGAUCUGCAAUCUAAUCCCAGAAGAUUUUGCAGCUCGGCUUCAUUUGAUAGAGAAUGUUGUAGGUUUAGAAGAAGCAGAGAAGUUCUUCGAAAGUAUUCCAAAGAACGCAAGAGACGAUUCUGUUUACACCACUCUCUUAAACUCGUACGCAAGAUCAGACAAAACUCUGUGUAAAGCCGAAGCCACGUUCCAGAAAAUGAGGGAGUUAGGUCUCCUCUCGAGACCUUCUCCUUACAACGCAAUGAUGUCUCUCUACAGUGCACUAAAAGAUCGAGAAAAAGUGGAAGAGCUUUUGCGUGAGAUGAAAGAUAACGACGUGGAGGCCGAUAGUAUCACAGUAAACAACGUGUUGAAGCUAUACUCGGCUCUGUGUGACGUGACCGCGAUGGAGAAGUUUUUGAAUAAGUGGGAAGGGAUUCAUGGGAUCAAACUUGAGUGGCUUACGACUCUUGACAUGGCAAAGGCUUACCUGCGAACCCGUUCAAGUGGAAAUGCUAUCAAAAUGCUGCGUUUAACAGAGGAAUUGGUGGAUCGUAAGUCGCUAAAAUCAGCUUACGACCAUCUCAUGAAGCUGUAUGGUGAAGCUGGAAAGAGAGAAGAGGUUUUACGUAUAUGGAACCUUUACAAGACGAACAUAGGACAACGUGAUAACAAUGGUUACCGAACUGUGAUCCGUUCGCUUUUGAAGGUAGACGAUAUUUUUGGGGCAGAAGAGAUAUACAAAGUGUGGGAAUCGUUGUCGCUUGAGUUUGAUAUCCGAAUCCCGACUAUGUUGGCCUCUGGUUAUCGAGAGAGAGGAAUGAUAGAGAAGGCUGAGAAACUCAUAAACAGUAAAACCAUUAAGGACAGAAAAAUGAAUAAGCCCGUCACUCCGCUUUUGGAGCAAUGGGGAGAUCAAAUGAAACCGUCUGAUCUUAAAUGCCUUAUCAAGAAUCUCCGUGAUUCCAAUCAGUUUUCCAAAGCACUUCAGGUUUCCGAAUGGAUGGGUGAAAAACGGGUUUGUAAUCUUUAUUCGGAAGAUUAUGCAGCUAGGCUUUACCUGACUGAGAAUGUGUUGGGUUUGGAAAAAGCAGAGAAGUACUUUGAAAACAUCCCUGAGAACAUGAAGGAUUAUUCCGUCUACGUAGCUCUCUUAAGCUCUUACGCGAAAUCUGAUAAAAAUUUGGGUAAAGCCAUGGCCACUUUCAAGAAGAUGAGAGAGCUAGGGUUCCUCUUGAAACCUUUACCAUUCAACUUGAUUCUCUCUUUUAACGGUCAAGAAAAUAUGGUGAAAGAGAUUCUUCAUGAGAUGGAGGAGAACAACGUGGAUCCUGAUAGUAUCACGGUGAACUAUGUUUUAAAGGUAUACGCGGCUGAAUCAAAGGUGGAAGCAAUGGAAAUGUUUAUGAGACAUUGGGGUAGAGAAGAUGGAAUCAAACUAGAAAGAGGCACAAUGGUUGCAAUGGCAAAGACUUACGCUAAAACCGGUUCAACAAAAAAAGCGGUAGAGAUGUAUGGUGAUGUGGCAGGUUGUAAAAGAGAGGUGCACAAUCUUUGGGAAGAAUGUAAGAAUAAGAAGGAAGAAAAAGUGGGGGAUGGUAAGGAAUGUUUAAAUGUGGUUAGCACUUUGUUGAAGCUGGACGAUGAUGGAUAUCGAACUGUGAUUAGCUCUUUGUUGAAGCUGGAUGAUGUACAAGGAGCAGAGAAGGUAUAUGGAGAGUGGAAACCGAAGGGACGGAAGCUGGAUUUGAGCAUACCGGGUUUGCUGAUUUCUCGGUUUUGUAGAGAAGGGAAUGCAUUGAAGGUUGGGGAAAUGUUAAAGUCGAUUGGAAAGAAGAGGAAUGGGAUGCAUUUAAGGAUGUUGAAGGAAUUUGUAGUCAGCGUCUUGAUAUGUGUUGCCGUUGUUGUGGGCGUCUUAUUUUUACUGCUCCUAUACUGUUGGGUCCACCCAUACAGAUAUUACCGCUACUACUAACCCUUGUUCUAAUAAACGCUAGGCGCUAGU